AUGCCGCGACUACGACGUGAUCGUCGCCAAACCGAAGAUCCGACCUUAACCUACCCAAAAGAUCAGCCUUGUUGUUCGACCGAAGCCAACGAACGACUCAUCCACGGUGAAGUAGAUGCUUCAGAAUCUUCGGAGUCUGCAGAAUUCUUUUCUAACUCAGAAUCCACUAGCUUUUGCACGAAUUCAUCAAAAAAUGGCACUAAAUUCUCGUCGAAAUCUUUAAAAUAUUCAAAUUCAGAUUUUAACGACAAAAAUGGUGCUUCAGAAGGCUAUGCUACGAAAUAUUCAGAUUCAAAUGACGCUUCAGAAGGCUAUGCUACAAGAUAUUCAAAGUCAGAAGCCAAAAACUGCAUCUCAGAUCUCGUUUUCUACAGCAAACACACGAAGAAGCUGCUGUUUCUACUGGGCGGAUUAGCUUUGUUAAGUCUAAUCGGAGGGAUCGUCCGCUUCGGCGAAGGCCAAACCAAACAUCGGCACAGUCUUUAUUCAGGUGAGUCUUUUCAAGGAGGUAAGAGGAUCAAAAGGUGUUUUUGUGGGAGAAAAAGUUGUGUUUUGUUAUGGAAAUGAGGUGAAAAUGGGCUUUUUUGAGAAAGUUUUGGGUUUUUUAAACUUUUGGGGCAAUUUUAGGUUUUAAAUUUUAUUAUUGUGUUAAUCCCGAGGCGAGAUCAGACGUGGAGUUAGGCUUUUACAAGGGUCAAUGUAGUUUCAAUUUAGAACUGACUAGGGCCAAACUAAAGUAUCAGGCUGUUCACAUAAUGUUGUGCCCUCUAACUCCGAAAAUUUUCUUUCAUAUGGUCUCAGAAUUAUUUGAACAGUCUGUUAGUAUAAAGGAGAAGAGUCUAACGUAAUAUAACUAACAGUAUUUGAAAAAAAAAUAAUUUUGUUGGGGUAAAUUUAGUUUACAAAGCCUAAAGAAUUGUAUUUAAAGUUUUUUUUUAAAUUAUAAUUUAACAGAAAAUGUUUUUUUUUCUAAAAUUUCUUGAAAAAAACCUCUUUUUCCGCUUUAAAACCCCAAGAAGUAGUCUGUCCUUGUAGUUGUUUUUUUAUACAAAUCGAAUUUAACAAAGAGUGUCUGAUGGUCAUUCCUUCCCCUCGAGUAAACUGAUCGAAUUAUAAAUGGUCAGCACCUGUUCGUUCGGCCGUUCUCAUUAAUUUCGGCCCAAUUCAUCUAGAUGUUUUUUACGAUCGAACUUGUCACACCUUUAUGCCUUUAAUCCAUCAAAAUUCAAGAAAAAUUAAUUAAAAGUGGGCUGAAUUCAAAAAAAAGAGAAAUGAGGAAUAUUUUAGUUUUUUUUAAAUUUAAAUAUGACUUUUAAAAAAUGUUUAAAAAAACCUUAUUUUAGGUGUAAGCGAAGAUGUAGGCGAAACGUGGUAUCUUAACUUACACGACGUGCGACGACGAAGACAUUUAGCAUUAGAAGAAGAGUAUUAUAGAGAAGAUCAGAAUCUGAAGGGCCUGGCCUUGGACUGUAACGACAAAUGUACAUUAACAUUACAUCGAAACCAACAACUUUUGAAAAUUAAAUUAUUUCGACGAGAGUUCAACUCUGUUCAAGGGUAAUAUUCGGAUUACAGUUUUUUCUUUUUAUUUAAAAAAAAUUUUAUAUUUUGAUGAGAAAAGAGUGGCACGUUUUUAAUUACUAAUAGCACCAACUUUCAGUGAAGAAGUAGUAAUCCCAAUAAUACAGUACCUGGAUUCAGAAAACGAAACUCGAGCUCAUCCAACCAUACUGCCAACAGGCUGUAUAUACACAGCGAAGGUAGAAGAUGGCACGGAAGAGAGUACUGUCAACUUGUGUGAUGAUAAUGGGCUGGUAAGUAAAAUUCAAACAUUUUUUAAAAGAUUUUCUUAAAUUUUUUGAUUUUUUUAAAAUUUUGAAUAUUUUUGAAUUUCCCGCCAAAUUAAUAGUGUUUCCAGCUUAUAAUUUUGUCAUUUUUUGAAUUUUAAUUAUUUUUCUUUAAUAUACUUGUAGAAAAUUUUUAAAUAAACCUGAAUUUUUUAAUUUUUAAGCAUAUCUUGUCUGGAAAUUAAAAAAAAGUGCUUGAAACACAAUGCCAAAUCUGUCAAAUUAGCGGAAGAUUCAAAUAUUUAAAUUUUAAAACUGAAAAGCACAAGUUAAAAUUUUUUGUGGGUACUAUUGGUAGUACAAAGAGAUCAUAUAAAAAAUUUUGGGCUGGUUCUAAGCGGGGCGGAUUCGGUACUUUCCUUGUAAAUUUUUGGAUUUUUUGUUGGUUAUUGAUCUAGGGUCCUAUAGGGUAAAAUUUUGAUAAGGUUUUUCAUUCUCAUAGCUAUUUUUAUUUAUAUUUUCAAAACCAAAGCAUUCUUGACCAUAAUUCAUAUUUUUGGCCAAACUCCAAUAUACCUUCGGCCAGAAACCCUAUUUUAAAAAUAUUUUGGCCACAUUCCAAUUUUUCAAAACAUUUUUGGCCAGGUUUCAAGAUUUUGUAAACAAAAUUGGCCAAAUUCCAAAACAUUUCUCAAAACAUUUUGGCCCGAUUCCAAUAAUAUUGGCCAAUGUUUUUAAUAAUUUCUGGCCAGGUUUCUGGAGCAAAUUAUGAUUCAAGAAUUACAAAAAAUGGCCCAGUGGGAGGUCCGAAACGGGCCCGAAUUUGCAUGUUGCUAGCAUUCGUAAACAUAAAUAACAUCAGAGGAAUGAGUAACAGAGAAAGUGGCAACGAAAAGAGCAUUAAAAGUAAUUGUGUUCAUUGAGUUUCGAAAGGAUGAAGUGCACUAGGUUAAAAAAAAGUGGAAAAGAAUACUGUAUUUUAUCAAGCAAAUAAGGGUACCAAUAUUUAGUACAAUAUAAACAAAUAGUACCACAAUUGACCAGAAAUUUCGAAUUUUUGACCAUAAAUGUAUAAUUAGCGCCAUUUUAGAAGGGUGUGUACCAUAUAGGUAAGCAAACAUAGUUUGGGAUAACUAGUAGCGUUUUAGGGCUUUGAAGAUAACUAGUCUUAUUUUGGGACAGUUAGUACCACUGCCAGUCAAUGUGUACCAUCUUAGGACGAAUAGUACUAUUUUUUAACCAAAAUAUCCCUAAAAUACUAUAAAAGACCUAAAAAGCCUCAAGAUGUAUACUGUUCAAUUUUCAGUACGGCACCCUCGCUUUACAUGAUGGUGCAUAUGUGAUCGAGCCUCUGAACGCGACCGAGACCAGUCGAAAGAAACGUGACCUUAAGAUCUCUCCUCACCUCAUCUACCGCGCCCAGACCAUGCCAUUCGAAGACCCACCCAAUAUUCAAAUUGAGGACGAACAACUGUCCAAUUCGACCCGGAACGGUUAGUCGGAACGGUCGUUAACUCUCUUAAUGAGGUCUUUCGGACGUUUAAUUGGGCAACAAAUCGAAAAUAAAAUACAGAAACUAUAAAGCAAAAGUUUAACGAUUUUAAAAUAUGUUUUUGAGUGAAAAAAGUUUUUGAAAUUUAAAAAAUGACAAAAUAUUACCUGACUUGAUUGACUUUACACUUUUUAUAUAGAAAGGUCAUGUAAUUAUAAGAUAUUCAGCAAAGUACUAAACCGCGAUUUCCAGUCAAUCUCAAGAAAAUCGAGAUUAAAAAACUGGGUUUUGAAUUUCUCGCCAAAUUGGCAUUGUGUUUCAAGCUUAUAACUUGGUCGUUUUUUUGACUUUUAUUCAUUUUUAUUUGAUAUACUUGUAAGCGUAGCUUAUUUGGGACAUUAAAAAAGAACUUGAAACACAAUGCCAAAUUUGCCAAAUUGGCGGGUAAUUCAAAUAUUUAAACUUUAAAACUCAAAAGCGCGAACUAGAUUUUUUAUCAGUACUACUGGUGGGGCAAAGAAAGUAGGACAGGGGUAAAACAGCAAAAAAUUUAAACUUCUAAGUAUUUAAAACUUCAAAACAACCAUUUCAGAACGACAAAAGCGAACAGCCAACUCCUGGGACUACUAUGUGGAAGUGCUGGUUGUGGCCGACUAUAAGAUGUUGGUAUAUCAUCAGAACAACCUUGAAGCAUAUGUAUUGACUUUGUUUUCAACUGUAGCUUCCAUCUACCGACAUGCUUCCCUGCGAGCUUCUGUUAACAUCAUCGUGGUCAGAGUUGUGGUACUCAAACAUGAAAAUGUAAGGGUUUGAAGUUGAAUUUUAUAAUGGUCAAUUGGGUUUAAAAGCAGCAUAACGUUUAAAAUGAUGUUAGAGGCUCUGAAAUUUAAUUUCUCGUUGAUUUAUACAAUUCUUAAAAGUUUGGUUUUGCCGUGUUUUUACCUACUAUAAUAUAGUUUUUUCAAUAGAUUAGUCUAAAAAUAAGCCUUAAAACCUAAACGUAAAAAUAAGAGAUGAAAUCUACAAUCCACAUAUGAUAAAAAAAGAGUUUUUUUUUAUUAUCUUUGCUUUAUCAAAACUACCUUAUUUUACCCCACCCAACCCUUCAGGUCGGUCCACGAGUCUCAAACCAUGCCCAAGAGACCCUCCAACAAUUUUGUGCUUGGCAACAAAACCUGAAUGACAGAAACGACGAUGCUUUAGCUCAUCACGAUGUAGCCAUCCUUUUGACUCGACACGACAUCUGUAGAGCGACGAACAAAUGUGAUACACUUGGAUUGGCAGAACUGGGUACGAUGUGUGAUGCUAGGAAAAGUUGUGCCAUAAUUGAGGACAAUGGACUGUCAGCGGCGUUUACUAUCGCUCAUGAAUUGGGGCAUAUGUAAGUUGCGCUUUCCUACAACAAGGUACUAGUUUUUGUUAAUUUGCGUUGUUUUGUUACCUAAAAUCUAAAAAAAUUUUAAUUUCAAAGUUAAAAAAUUGUUUUCACCUUAAAUAAAGGUUAAAAUAGGUAUUAAAUUUCUAUUUUUACAGUCUCAACAUACCACAUGACGACGAACGACGUUGUGCAAGAUAUAUGCCAUUGACCAAGAACAACUUUCAUAUUAUGGCUCCAACUCUCGAGUACAACACUAACCCCUGGGCUUGGUCACCAUGCUCUUCUGCUAUGCUCGAAAAGUUCUUGGAGUAAGGGUUUUAGAUAAUUUUAACAAAAAUUUGAACUUUAUUACCUAAAUUUUGAAUUAUGUUACCUACAACUUGAAAAAAUUAAAGUUACUGUAAUAUUAUGAGGAAAUUUUUCAAAACUGAAUUCACAGUAAUGGAAAAAGUGACCUUCAUAACAUUUUUCAAUAAAAACUUCCAUUUCUACCCUAUGCACGAACAAUAUUACAGUAACCAACGUUCCCAAACCCAAUGUAUCCUGGACAAACCAGUGGAACGCCGCUACAUGGACAAGAUGUUCAACCAUCCCCCAGCUGGCAUGCUCUACUCAGUAAACCAACAAUGCCAAUAUGUAUUCGGCCCGUCGGCGGAGAUCUGUCCAUAUAUGCCGACUUGUCGUCGACUAUGGUGUUCAACAUACUAUGGCUUCCAAAUGGGCUGUAGAACUCAGCAUAUGCCUUGGGCUGAUGGCACACCGUGCGGAGAUAGCAUGUGGUGCCAUCGAGGACAAUGUGUAGGUAUAUCGCCGGACAAACGGUUGAAGGUUGAUGGAGGCUGGGGAGAAUGGCAGCCAUUCGGACCUUGUAGUAGAACUUGUGGGGGCGGAGUUCAGAAGGGCGUCCGGGAUUGCGAUAAACCAAGGUAAAUUCUAGUUAACGUAUUAAAAGUAGUGAAGAAUAAAAUGUUCUUGACCUUUCAAAGGUUUUUGUAAAAAUAUUUUACAAAAUCUUUCUGUUUUGACGAAAUGCCACAAAGUUAUCGGAAUUUUUUGUGACAUUUCGUGUUUACAGUUUUUCGUUGUGAAAAUUAUCUUUUCUCGCAAAACUAUGGAAAUUACUACGAUUUUACACCUAAAUCACUAUGAUUCAGACCAAUGAACGGUGGAAAAUACUGUAUUGGACAACGUGAACGCUAUCGUUCCUGCAACAUUCAUGAAUGUCCAUUUGAAACAGCCGGUUUCCGCGAAGUUCAGUGCAGUGAUUUCGACAACAAGAACGUUGGGAUCCACGGAGUGCCAGUUCAAACGAGAUGGGUACCUAAAUACACAGCGAUUGCCAAGAACGAGCGCUGUAAAUUAUAUUGUAGAGCUAAAGAUUCGGCCGCGUUUUACUUGCUAAAGGACAAGGUAAUCGAUGGAACGCCGUGUGAUAUGAACAGCGACGACAUUUGCAUUGACGGCAUCUGUCACAAGGCUGGAUGUGAUCAUAGACUGGGGUCGAGUAUCAAAAGAGACACUUGUGGCGUUUGUGGUGGAGAUGGCAGGUCGUGUCAGACUGUUCAAGGAGUUUACAAUGAAAGGACGUCUUUUGGAUACAAUGAGGUGCUGAGGAUUCCGGCAGGGUCGGCUAAUAUUGACAUUAGUCAACAGAGUUAUAAUAACCAUAAGGAUGACGAUAACUACUUGGGUAAGUGUAAUAUUGUGUUUUCUUUGUUUUGAGUAGUUGUAGAGGCUUUUGGCUAUGUUAAUACCGAAAGUUCGAGGUUUAUGGUAUUGAAAAUGAAGAAAAGUUUUUUAUCUUUAAAAGUUUUUAAUAUUUUUUAAAAACUUAAUACCUAAAAUCUUUAUUUUAGCGCUUCGUACAGCCACAGGAGAAUUUCUUCUAAACGGUCAAUAUCAAGUCUCUGUUUUCCGUCAACAAAUCCCAAUUCUGGACACAGUUCUCGAAUACUCUGGCAGUGACAACAUUGUAGAACGAAUCAAUGGAACAGGUCCGAUUCGAUCUGACAUCUACGUUCACGUUCUGAGUGUGGGGAAUCUGAAUCCACCUCACGUCAACUACAAGUACAUGGUGCCUUUGAAUCCGAGCAAAAUCGACGCUAUUUCCCUUUUGAAUCCACGAUAUUAUUGGCUGUCUUCGGAUGCGUGGAGUCAAUGUACGUCACGAUGUCAAGGGAAUCAGAUUCAGGGGUUACGGUGCAUUGAAGGAAGCAGCAAUCGACCGGUUGCUGAUCAAUAUUGUACAUCACAGAGACCGGAACAGAAGCAGAGAAUGUGCAAUGUGAAUUGCUUUUUCAAAUGGAAAACCGUCGUAGCUUCUCAAUGUUCAGCACGUUGUGGUCGUGGAGAACAAGAACAACGUGUGAUGUGUGUAGCGUUGACUAAACUUUUGAAUAACACGGAGAAAGAUGAGCCAGCUCACGAAUCCGAGUGUCUACAAGCCAACCUCCGGAAACCGGCUACAAAAGUACCCUGUUAUAACGACUGUGAAGGCCGUAAGUGGUCGUACUCGGCUUGGAGUCAAUGUUCAGCUACAUGUGGCAAAGAUGGUGUCAAGAAGCGACAGAUACGAUGUACUGACAAUGCUAAUCGUGAUAUUGAUCGAAGACAUUGCGAACUUAUCGUACGGGAAGCUACAGAGACUGAAUGCAACAGAAUACCAUGUCCUGGAUGGUCGUACGGUCAGUGGACGGAAUGCUCACGGUCGUGCGACGGUGGAAUCAGAAUCCGACACGCUUCAUGUCAUGACAGUUCAGGUCGAGAAGUCAAUGUAGAGUACUGUGCGAAUCAGGAGAGAAAAGAUCGUGAGAAGUGUAACGAACACGUAUGUAGCCAGUGGAAGUUCGGACCGUGGUCAGCGUGCUCUACAAGUUGUGGUACUGGUGUUCAGCGAAGAGAGGCGACGUGUAGUGACAGGAAUGGCAACAAGUUGGACGAGUCGAAGUGUGACAUCAGGGAGAAGAUCCUGCACAAGUCGUGUCAUCAAGGUGACUGUCCACAUUGGAAGGUGGCCGACUGGAGCACUUGCUCGGUAUCGUGCUUGGAUGGUUACAAGACGAGGUCGAUUCAGUGUGUGGAUGGGAAGGACAACAGAAUUGCAGAAGACUAUUGUCUACGGACGUCCAACAACACACGACCAGCUACACACGAAUUCUGUAACAAUGGACCGUGUCCUUAUUGGAGACAGAAUCCAUGGUCAUCGUGCUCUGUAUCUUGUGGAGCUGGCAUCAGAGUACGAACAGUGGAAUGUGUGUUCAGAGAACAAGUAGUAGAUGGAUCUUUCUGUAACGAUCAACCACCAAAGGCCUUGACUCAGAACUGCACGUUGACACUGUGUUCUGAAUGGAAGCUUCAUCCUUGGUCUCGGUGCUCUAAAUCGUGUGGUACUGGUAGUCAAACUCGAAGAGUAGAAUGUGUCAAAGAUGGUGAUAAGAUUGUUAAUGAUAGGGAAUGCUCUGGAACAAAGCCAAGAACCGAGAAAGAGUGUAACAAAGAAGAAUGUGAAGCUACACGGUCACAACCCAAUGAAUCUCCUAUCUACUGGGCUACAGGACCGUGGACAAAGUGUAGCAAGGCGUGUGGUACUGGUACUCAACGCAGACAAGUCAAGUGCAGAGACAGUCGAGGUGGACACAAGGAGCUGCCGGACGAAUACUGUAGAAACUUCGAGAAGGAGCCAGAAUCCAGGCAAUGCAUCGUGCGACCGUGCGUGAAAUGGAAGACCGAAGAGUGGGAGCCUUGUCAGGGAACUUGUGGCGUUCAUGUUGUACAGAAACGAAGAGUAUACUGUACGUCGGUCGAGAAUCCUCCAGUAGCUGUCAAGGAUUCUGACUGUGAUCCUACUGAUCAGCCGGCUGCCUUAAGGGGCUGUAACUUGGCUCCAUGUGUGGCUGAGCCGAGGGUUACUUUGGGAGAAUGGAUUGUUGGAGAUUGGGAGGCGGUAAGGUUUUAUAACAUACUAAUAUGCAUGUUGUAGUAGGUCUAAAUUUGCGUUUUAUUGUUUUUGUUACUUUUAAUAAAUUAUAUUGUUAACUUAUUUGUAAUUUAAAAAUGUAUAUAGACGAUAAUUUAAAGUAAUAUUGAGGUUUUAGUGUUCUGUAUCAUGCGGUAUUGGCUAUAAAAGACGUACGAUUCAAUGUGAUUCUAAGUUAUGCAAUGAAGCUAAAAAACCACCUCAGUUCGAGCACUGUAACCUAGGAGAAUGUAGACAACGGUACACUUGGCAAGCCGGCCAAUGGUCUAUCGUAUGUUUUUUUAAUUUUUAAUGUUCGGGCUUACUUUAUAUAAGAUGUCAUAUAAAAGUCAUUUUAGCGGCUGAUAUUAUGGCUAACAUAUUGUUUAUGAAUAUGAAAGAAUAAAGUUAAAAAAUACUUUAAACUACUUAAAACUAACAUGAUUUAUAUAAAGCAUUACCUACAUUUCUAGUGUUCCGUGUCCUGUGGCCAAAACGGUCUUCAACAACGUCGAAUUUGGUGUGAAUUCGAUACAAAUCCGCCGAAAGAAGUCGCGGCUACAGAAUGUGAUCGUAAAGAUCAGCCUUCAUCUCGGCGGCCGUGCUCUGAUGUUGUGCAAUGUCCUGUCGUACAUACGACAACACAGUCGAAUCCGAAGGUGAAAUACGUUUGGACGACCGGUCAAUGGAGCAUGGUUAGUGAAUUGCAGUCAAAUACGAUUAAGUACAUACAUAUGUGGCCUUAGUUAUCGCUUUUAUUUGAAUAAUUAGCUGUAGAUAUCACUUUUUGAUAUACUUGUUGUCACAAAUUUUAUGUUUUUUUGUUAUCACAUUUACACUUUUAUAUAGCUACAUCACAACUGAUUCACAGCUUUAUAUUCGAUGUUACACUUAUUGUACGGCUUUACUUACCUUAUUUAUGCACCUUUUUGUUGGUUACUUCAGUUUUGUUUAUGUUUUUGUGUUAUUUUUGUUAUAAACUGUUGAUUUUUUUUUGUUUUUUUGAGUAGUUUUUGUUGUUUUAUGCUUGUUGUGAUCAAGUUUUUACAUUUGUUUGCUUUGGUUCUGUUACUUUUGAGUUUUUUUUUAUAUUGCACAGUUCAUUAUCAUGCACAAUAAUAUUUACGUAUUUUACUCUGUUAAUUAAUCUAUAUUCAAGUUUUUUUAUUUAGUUAUAUACAUCUAUUUAAGCAUUAUAAACUUUAUUUGUAUUACCUUAUAUUCUCAACCUUACCGCCAACUUUCAGUGCUCCUCAACCUGUGGAUCAGGCGUCAGAAUCCGUGACGUCUUUUGUGUGAACGAACUGAAGGAUGGAGAGAAAGUACCGUCAAGCUUAUGUAGCCCUGCCGAACGGCCGAUGGCAGAACAUCGUUGUCGACAGAAGGUGUGCCCCAAGUGGACCAAAGAGAAGUGGUCCGAAUGUUCUGUGACCUGUGGCAAAGGGAUCAGAAGGCGUGAAGUCUUGUGCAAACGAGGACGAGACGAACUUCUGGAGGCAUCGUUAUGCUCAGAAGCCGAUCGUCCUAAAGAAACUAGACCUUGCGAAACUCAGAAGUGCUCGUCUUAUCAGUGGAAGGUCACGCCGUGGUCUAAAGUAAUAUUUUAUAUUGUUUUAGAUGUAAAGUUGGGGUUUUUCUUUAUUUUUGUGAUUGUUUAAUUAUAUUUUGGAUAAGCAACGUAAUUUAUUAAAAAAGAAGCAGGGCGUAUUUUACAAAUUCAAAAAAAAUUAAGAAAAACUAAAAAAUGAUUGUUACACGCCAUAAACAUAAAAUAUGGCGUGUUAGACAACAUUAACCAGCAAAUGUGUUUAUUACAACAUAAAUCUUUCUUUGCAUGAACAUUUCUGAAUUAUGUAUGUGUUUAGGACGAAAUGGCACCAAAAGUUGUAAAAUUACAUUUUUUCAUAAAAAAUGUCAUUUUUUAUUUAAAUUUUUUAUUUAAUUCUUUGUAAGUACACUUUGUACCUUGGUACGUUAUAUUAUACAUGAUCUAAUAUUUUAAUUUUACUUUAUUUAAACUGUAAAUUACUGUUAUAUUAACCAAUAUAAUUACAGUGUACCGAGUUAUGUAACCCAAGUGAACAAACUCGUCGUGCUUAUUGUAUGAGCUCUCUGAAUCAACGUGCUGCUCCAAGAAUGUGUGCCAAAGAUCCGAUGCCGGUACUCAAAAAGGAUUGUCCUACUGACAAAUGUCCUUAUCAAUGGGUGGCUGGGCCUUGGAGUACGGUAAGUAUUUUUCACUUUCUUAUUUUUCUGGUCAAAAAGUUUAUGGAAUUUUUUUGGUAAUCAUAUUAGGUUGUUCAAAUAAUUCGGUGCUCUUUCUGAAAGCAAAUUUUCGGGCGUUGGGGCUCAGAAUUGUUUGAAAGUCUUAAUAUUUGAUUCUAUUUUGACUUUUCUGCUUACUUUUUGACCGUUCUUUGCGAAUUUCUACGUAUUUUUGGACCAAGUUCGUAAAAAUUUUAAUUUUUCAGUUUUAAAAUUAAAAAUCUUUUUUAAAAUUGAAAUUAAAACCUCAGUUUAGUGUUCGAAAACCUGUGGUCAAGGGCACAUGUUCCGUCGCUUGGAGUGUAAGGUAAAGGAUAAUAUAUGGCUGAACCAAACGGAGCAGCAAAGUACAGUACUCUCGAGGAUGUGCAUGUCUCUGGAGAAGCCGGAAGUCUCCAAAGAAUGUGUAAUGAACGAAUGUGGCUCCGAGUUCCAAUGGAGCGUCGGACCUUGGUCUCAGGUAUCUACUGCAAUAUUUUUUGGGAGUUGGGCUUUUUUUGUUACCUAAAUUUUAAAUUUUUUUUUAGAAAAAUUAAUUUUUUAUGGUUUUUUUAUAUUUAGGUAUCGAAAAGUCAUGGACUGAAAUAUUUACGAUUUUAUAUUAAUAUAGGUAUAGAUAGGUGUUAAUUGAACUACAUUUAGCCAAAUACAAACAAUUCUUAUCACUAACAAUAACAAUAUCCCUUACAGUGCUCCAAAGACUGUGGCACAGGCACAAGAAAGCGCAAAGUGUACUGUUUGAACAAGAAAGGCGACAAAGUGGAGAAAGAAUACUGUGAUGAACAACAUCGACCGUCGAAGCGGGAGAACUGUUUCCUCCGCAACUGUCUGCCAGGUGAUUGUGCUGAACUCAAGAGUCAGAAUCCAGCUGUCAAUGGAAUUGAUGGUGAAUACAUCGUGCUGGUUACUGGGUUUAGAGUUAAGGUUUAUUGUGCCAGAAUGAACGAGACUUUACCCAGAACUUAUGUUAAUGUAGACCCGAAGAGUAAUUACGCCGAGUUUUAUGGCAAGAGGUAAGUAACCUAGCAUUGUAAUGUCAAUUGUCUAAUGUACCGUACUAUAAGUAGAUGUUUGCCAAUGUAAAAUACGCCGAGGCAUGAAAAUUUUUAAGUAUUAUAAAAAUAUAUUUAAGUAUUAUCUUAAUAUAAACCUAUGUUUUAGGCUAGCUUAUCCAUUCUCAUGCCCAUACGAUGGCCAAAGGAACGACUCUUGUGAUUGUACGGAUGAUGGACAUCUCAGUGUUGGUAAGACUGAGUUCUCCAAGGUCAGAGUUGACCUACACAACAUGAAAAUCAAUCGUAAGUUUCAAAAACAGCUUAUUUUGGCAUAAAAAUGAGGAUCUUUGCCAUUUUUUACUGUUUUUAAAUCAUAAAAUUGGCUUUUUAAAAACAUUUUUUGAAUUUACCGCUAUUUUUGGCAUAGUGUUGCAAGUUUUGCUCCAAAUGUGUCUCUAAAUGUAAAAGAAAAAUCUCAUCGAAUGUUGUUUCAGCCCAUGACUUCACCUUCACAAACACAACCCACGGCUCUCAAGUGCCAUAUGGCACAGCCGGCGACUGUUACAGUAUGAGCGACUGUCCUCAGGUAUAGAUUACACUUUCAUGCAUAAGAACAUAUAUGUUUAUUUAUACUGCGAUCUAUACGAAUUUCCGUGCAAAUGUUUUCGUAAAUAGCUCGAGCUCCUAUAACUGAAUAAUUAAGAUAUGAGCUGGAUUGUAUAAAUGAAUAUUUAAAGUAUGAAAUGGGUUAUCGUAGGAAGAGGGCAAAGAAAGAGUUUAAUCUUAAAAUUUUGAUUUCAGGGCCGAUUCUCGAUUGAUUUGCGAAAUACUGGUCUAAAAGUGGUGGACGACCUUCAGUGGGUCGAUCAUGGUCACAGGACCAGUUCACAUAUUGAACGAUCAUACGUAAGUUCAAAUGCAUAGGUUUCUCAAGUAUUUAUUGAGCUACGAAUGUAUUCAUAAACAAUAUAUAAUAUAACAGUAAGGGUUCCUUAAACACUGAUCCUGUCCCAAGCUUUAAAAUCACCCUGUUCCUAUCAAAAAUGACAUAAUACUAUCUAGGAGGACCCGUAAAGGCUUUUUGAACCUUCUGUUUUACAUUUCAAAUUUUCAAAAUUUAAAUUUUAAAUUAUUCAUACGCAAACCCCUUUCAGAACAACGCCGUGAUCAAAGGCGCAUGCGGCGGUUACUGCGGCGAAUGUGCGCCGGAACGCUUCAAGGGCCUCGUACUGGAGCUGGAGCACAAACUCAAAGCCAGAAAACAUUGA